UCGCCGCCAGAACAGAUAACAGCAUUAUCACAGGCAACACUAAGGAGAAGUCUGCCCUCGGCUUUUAACUCAGCAGAGAGUGAAACGUUGGGCGAUUAGGAAACUCACUGGUAUAGCUGUAGGCCAAGACUUCCACAAUGGACGUUCAGAGGACAGGAACUAUGGUUCGGCCCCCCAGCCCCAUGGAUAGCCUGGAGAAGCAACUGAGCUGCCCCAUCUGCCUGGAGAUGUUCACCAAGCCUGUGGUCAUUCUGCCCUGCCAGCACAACCUGUGCCGUAGCUGUGCUAGUGACCUCUAUGACUCGCGCAACCCAUACCGCUUUUCCGGUGGCGUCUUCCGAUGCCCUACGUGUCGAUUUGAGGUCGUGCUUGACCGCCAUGGCGUCCACGGGCUCCAGCGCAACCUAUUGGUAGAAAACAUUAUUGACAUCUAUAAGCAGCAGCAGGAAGGCAGCGGCAGCGGAACUACAGAAACUACCAUAAAGCCUAAAGAGUCCAAAGAGCCCAUGUGCCAAGAGCACGAAGAUGAGAAAAUCAACAUCUACUGCAUUACCUGCCAAGUGCCCACCUGCUCCAUGUGCAAGGUGUUCGGUCAACACAAGGACUGCGAGGUGGCACCUAUAGCGAGUGUGUACCAGACACAGAAAGGUGAACUGAGCAACGCUAUCGAUACCCUGGUCGCCAGCAAUGGGCGUCUACAGGCUCUUCUCAACCAGAUGGAAGAUGCCUGCCGUGCCGUGCAGGAGAACGCUCAGCGUGCGAAGCAAGGCUUGGCUGAGCGCUUUGACCAUUUGUAUGCUGUUCUCGAAGACCGCAAGAACAUUCUACUAGAGCAGAUUAGUAAAGAGCAAGAUGAGAAAGUGGCAGCUCUCCGGGCUCUGGCCCAACGUUACGGUGAACGACUGCAAUCAAGCACAGAGCUCACCGAUACGGCGGUGAGAGCACUGGAGCAGAGCGGUAGUGCCGAGUUCCUCGUAGCCUCCAAGGGCCUCAUCGUGCAGACGAAGGACGCGGCUAAAUGUUCGCUCGGGGAGGAGCGGCCAGAGCCGGGCUUCGAGAAGAUGGACCACUUCACUUUGUCGACAGAGCAUGUUGAAGCAGUCCUGGCAAAGAUGGACUUUGGAGUGUGUGAAGAGGAGGAUUUCGAAGAUGCAGAGGAAGAGGAAGAAGAGGAAGAGGAGGAGGAGGAGGAGGAAUAAUGAAGAUUCAAAGUGUUAAGGGACUUGUAGGAAAUACUGAAAUAUGUCCUUUAAAGGGAUUUAGUGUUAAUGGAAGGGACUGUGUUUAAUGUUAAGGGAAAUAUAAGGUGACAGAGGUUGUGGGCUACAAUGGCAUGCCCCUUAUUUCAGUGCAAUAUUUAUGUCAAUGUUAUAUUUGUGCCUUUUCUUAAUGUCUUUUUAUACUUUUGUACUUCUGAACCAUGUAUAUGGUGCAACAUGGUCGAGUCAUGAACAUGUAGAAGGCUCACACCUAAUUUCCUCAUAUGAAGCUUUUGGGAAAUAGUUGUAGUAAUUGUUGUCUUGUCAAGUUUGUGUUGAAACUGUUUCCAUGUCUGCCUUUAAUUGAACAUUGGAAUAAAACCGCAUGAAUUUA